AUGAUCGUGUCCAACGUGAGCCUGAGCGGCUGCGCGGAUUUCAACAGCGCUCUGUGUGCCGGAGCCGGGGAAGGGCACCUGGGGGGCGGAUCAUACCGGACCGCUCUCACCCCGACUGGGAACCUGGUAGUGGCUGUGUGCCUGGGCUUUAUCGGCACUUUCGGACUUAUUAACAACCUGCUGGUGCUUGUUCUUUUCUGCCGCUACAAGAUGCUGCGGUCGCCCAUCAACCUGCUCCUGAUGAACAUUUCCAUCAGCGACCUGCUGGUGUGCGUACUGGGGACUCCGUUCAGCUUCGCGGCCAGCACGCAAGGAAGGUGGCUCAUAGGGGAACGGGGCUGCGUGUGGUACGGCUUCGCCAACUCGCUCUGUGGCAUUGUGUCCCUCAUCUCUCUGGCUGUCCUCUCCUAUGAGCGCUACAGCACUAUGAUGGCUCCCACUGAGGCGGACUCCUCCAACUACCGUAAAAUCUCCCUUGGCAUCAUCAUGUCCUGGGCGUACUCACUUAUCUGGACCCUGCCGCCGCUCUUCGGCUGGAGCCACUACGGCCCAGAGGGACCUGGGACCACCUGCUCCGUGGAUUGGACAGCCAAGACAGCAAAUAACAUCUCUUACAUCAUCUGUCUGUUUAUUUUCUGCCUCAUCGUGCCCUUCCUGGUGAUUGUGUUCUGCUAUGGAAAGCUACUGUCUGCCAUCAGACAGGUAAGCGGGAUCAAUGCGUCGAUGAGCAGGAAACGUGAGCAGCGCGUGCUAUUCAUGGUGGUGAUUAUGGUGAUGUGCUACCUAAUAUGCUGGCUGCCUUAUGGCAUCAUGGCCCUACUGGCCACCUUCGGCCCACCGGGCCUGGUCACACCGGAGGCGAGCAUCAUCCCCUCAGUCCUUGCCAAAACGAGCACGGUCAUCAACCCAGUCAUCUACGUCUUCAUGAAUAAACAGUUUUACAGGUGCUUCCAAGCCCUGCUGCAGUGUGAAGCUCCUCGAAGAGGCUCCAGCUUAAAGAGUUCCUCCAAGGUCCCCACCAAGGCCAUGAGGGGAAUAGCAGGAACUGGUCCCCGCCGUACUAACGAAUUCCUAUUUAUGGUAGCCUCAUUGGGUCAACCAGCUGCUACAGUCCCCCGACUGGGGCUCUCAUGUGAACCUACUAUCGAUAUCACAAAAGCCCCUUCUUCAGACAAUAAACCUGUUGUAGUCUCACUAGUGGCUCACCGUGAUGGCUGA